CUUCAUAUUCCCGCAAAUCAUUCAUCUCGGGCAGGAUUCUCCCUACAAAUACAAUUUAAUACGGACACAUCACAUCAUGCAUUCAUUCACGUCGCUUGUUUCUAGGGGUCUGAGAGGCUCACUUCCUCGCGCUGCAGCAACAACAACAACAACAAUAACAUCAACUACCACUACCACUACCAGUAUAUCUUCACGGCACUUCUCCAACCUGUUAACCCGCCAGCGUCAUCCUUCACAUUCACCUAUUCACACCAGACUAUCCGCACAUCUCCUCCGUCACAACUCCUCCUCCACCGCAAAACCUACCUCCAAUCCCCUAACCAACCAAACCACCACCCCCGAAACCGACGCCCAAAACGCCGAACAGAACCGUCUCCGCCGCGAACAAGAACCCGCAUACCAAAUCACCUUCACGUGCAAACCAUGCGGAAACCGUUCUUCGCAUCGAAUGUCCAAGCACGGAUACCAUCGCGGGACGGUGUUGAUCCGGUGUCCGUCGUGCGAGAAUCGUCAUGUUAUCAGUGAUCAUUUGAAUAUCUUUUUCGAUAAGAAAAGUACCCUUGAGGAUAUUUUGGCCAAGCAGGGGGGGAAGGUGAAGAGGGGGUAUGUGAAUGGCGAUAUGGAGUUUUGGGAGGAUGGGAGUGUUAAUGUUAAGGAGGGGGG